CACAAAUUAAAUUAAAAUUCACAAGAAAAGAUUUCCUUUUUUUUUCCCUUUAUCAAGGUUUCUAGACCGAGAAACCCAAACCCAAAUUUUCUAAUAUUUUAAAUCCUUUUUUUCCACUGUGAAAUUAAGAGAGAGAAAGCGCCUGCCGCUAAAUUCGGCGGAGAUUUUGGUGGUGUUGCCACCUUGCUAACUUGCACCUCCGCUGCCCCAUUUGUUUUUUUGCUAAAUUACGCCGGACGGCCAUUGUUUUUGCUUCUUUGUUUUUUUGCUCAUUUCUUUCCCCUUGCUUUGACCUAUAAUUACAAGGUUCUGGUGAGUUUGAUUUGCUCAUAUUGUUGUUGUUUUUCUGUUUUGGAGUGAACUGGGUUAAGCUUUUACUUGUCCAAAGUUUUCAUCUUUUUGAGUUUUUGUGUCAUCAUUGUUUGUAAGAAAGAAAAGAAGAAAUUAUGGGUGAUGGUGAAGAAGGUAACACUGAUGUGAUGCAAAGGAUUCAAUCUUCAUUUGGAACAUCAUCAUCUUCAAUCCCUAAGCAACCUUUAUCGAUGAAUCAUCUUGAGAUACCUCAGUUGAAUCCUAAUCAAAUCAGAGGAGCUGCUAGACAUUUCUCUCAUUUUGGCCAAAACUUUAACGGCGGUGCUGCUGCUGGUACUGGUGAUGGUGCUACUAACAAAAGAGUUGGUAUCCCUCCUUCACACCCCAACCAGAUCCCACCCAUUUCACCUUAUUCGCAGAUCCCCAUGUCCCGCCCUUCAAACCAGCAAAUGGGUUCUCAGAGUUUUAACUCGGGACCAACUCAUUCGCGGUCUUUGUCUCAGCCUUCAUCCUUCUUUUCACUCGAUUCAUUGCCCCCUUUAAGCCCUUCCCCGUUUCGUGAUUCUUCAUCCAUGGCAGUCUCAGACCAAGUUUCCACCGAUGUGUCGAUGGAUGAAAGGGAUGCAGCUGCUUCACAUUCUUUGUUGCCACCGUCGCCUUUUUCAAAGGCGAAUUCUCCACGGCUUGGGGAAAGCUUGCCGCCGCGAAAAUCGCAUAGGCGCUCCAGUAGUGAUAUUCCGUUUGGGUUUAAUACGAUAAUGCAAUUUUCGCCGCCUCUUAUUCCUUUAAGGGGUUCUAGUAAGCCAGCUCAGUUGGUGAAAAAGGAAACCAGUGAUGGCAACGGUGAAGGAAUGGGUGAGAGGAAAUCAGAAGGGGAAGUUGUCGAUGAUUUGUUUUCGGCUUAUAUGAAUUUGGAUAACAUGGAUGCGUUGAAUCCUUGCGACGGUAAGAACAAUAAUGGUAAUGAGAAUCAUGAAGAUUUGGAUAGCAGAGCAAGUGGAACGAAGACGAAUGGUGUUGAUAGCAGUGAUAACGAAGCUGAAAGCAGUGUGAAUGAAAGCGGGAACAGUUCGCGUGGCGGAAUGAAUUCGACCGAGAAGAGGGAAGGGAACAAAAGGGCCGCAGGAGCAGGCAUUGCUCCGAGCGGUAGACAUUAUAGAAGUGUUUCAAUGGAUAGUUUUAUAGGGAAGUUGAACUUUGGUGAUGAAUCUCCAAAGUUACCACCUUCACCGGGGAAUCGGCUCGGACAACUCUCACCUAGGAAUUCAAUCGACGGGAAUUCGGCUGCCUUUAGUUUGGAGUUUGGAAAUGGUGAGUUCACCGAGGCUGAAUUGAAGAAAAUUAUGGCAAAUGAGAAGCUUGCUGAGAUUGCAAUGACUGAUCCAAAGCGCGCAAAGAGGAUUUUGGCCAAUCGUCAGUCUGCUGCUCGUUCCAAAGAACGGAAGAUGCGGUACAUUUCAGAGUUGGAACACAAGGUUCAGACUCUGCAGACUGAAGCUACCACAUUGUCUGCUCAGCUAACACUUUUACAGAGAGAUUCUGUUGGGCUUACAAAUCAGAACAAUGAGUUGAAGUUUCGUCUUCAAGCCAUGGAGCAACAAGCACAACUCCGUGAUGCUCUAAAUGAAGCAUUAACUGCGGAGGUCCAACGAUUAAAACUUGCUACUCAACAGCUAGGUGGUGAUUCCGACCCUUCAAAAGGCAUGGUUUCCGAGCCGCUUUCUGUUAAUCAGCAGAUGUUCCAGCUUAACAUAUCUCAUCAGAUGCAGCAGCAGUCACCUCCACAGCCCCAACAACAGAAUGGGAACACAACUGCAAAAACUGAGUUGAAUCAGUAGCUUGGUCUCUGGGAAGCUUUGGAAACCCAUGAUAUCCCCGUCUCUCUUCACCUCGGGUAUUCAUUAGUUUUCAACGUCCCGACUUCGGAGGAUUUCAACCUGCGUCAGAUAUUCUCCAUCUUUAGAUGAUGGGACGAAGUAAAAACAUACAUCAGCUUGAAAAAUCAUAAUAUCGGUUAUAAUCAAAUCUUUUUAAUUUAUUUAUUUAUGGUAGAUAAAUCAUAUUGGAAUGUAAGCAUUAAGUUGACAUACAAGAUUUGUUGCAUUAACAUUACAAGAGUUUAUCUUUAACUCUUCUGUUAUAUUUUUUUUUUUAUUCUCUUCUCAUUUCAGUAAAGAGUUUGGGCAUUUCAUUUUA